GGCGGGCGCGGGCCGUGGGGCUUGGCGCGGUGACCGCUUCCCCCCCCAGCAGCCGCAGUGGUACAGUCCGCUGGAAAGACUCGGGGCUGCCAGAAUCUCCGCGCCCGCACUGGGUUGGCGGCUCCCCCGAGCAGAGGAAGGCGCGGCGGGGGCAGUGGCAGUGGCAGUGGCUAGGGCUGCUGCUACCACCACCACCCCUGUAUGGUGGCUCUUGCUCUUUCCUCCUCCCCUUUCUCAAUCAAUUCUUCUUUGAAAUUUUUACCUCUGACCUUUUCUUGCUUGGUUGGAGCCAAGUCCAUCAAGUAGUAAAGUACCUGCCCUCAGAACAGUAACAGGAAGGAUUGACAGACCCCAAGUGCCAAACACCAUUCUCGGUGUUCAAGAUGUCAUUGAAGGUACAGACAAGUAACAUCACAAACAAGAAUGACCCCAAAUCCAUCAACUCCAGAGUCUUCAUUGGCAAUCUCAACACAGCGGUGGUCAAGAAGUCAGACGUGGAGACCAUUUUCUCCAAGUAUGGCAGAGUGGUUGGCUGCUCUGUUCACAAAGGCUACGCAUUUGUUCAGUACUCAAAUGAGAGGCAUGCAAGGGCUGCCGUCCUGGGGGAGAAUGGGAGAGUACUCGCCGGGCAGACUCUGGAUAUCAAUAUGGCUGGGGAGCCUAAACCAAACAGACCCAAAGGGCUGAAGAGAGCACCUUCCACCUUGUACAGCAGUUAUGACUUUGACUAUGAAUACUACAGAGAUGACUUCUAUGACAGGCUUUUCGAGUAUCGAGGCCGGGUCUCUCCUGUCCCCAGGGUGGUUCCUGUGAAGCGUCCACGAGCGACCAUUCCUUUAGUGCGACGUGUAAAAGCAACACUGCCUGUCAAACUUUUUGCCAGGUCGGCCGCCAUUGCAAACAGCUCUGCCAAAUUAAAAUUGAAAUGCAGUGAGCUGCAGACAAUCAAAACUGAGCUGACGCAGAUCAAAUCCAACAUUGAUGCUCUCCUGGGCAGAUUGGAGCAGAUUGCUGAAGAACAGAAAGCAUCCACAGAGGUACGAAAGAAAGCAGAUGGAAACAAAAGUGAGAUCUCCCAGGAAGACACAGCAUCAGAGACAGAAAUCAACACAGAGGAGCCACUGAAUGGGGAGGAGGGAGAAGAGGAAGGACUCACGCGAGAUGACUGUGAAGAUGAACUGGAGAACAGUCACUACACAGAUGUCGAGGAUGCCAGCCUACAGUAACCAGGUACAACUAGCACAGCUCACAUGCCACUCAAGUCCCAAACAGUUGCC